AUGGAUGCUAAAAUUAUUGAAGUGUUUGAGGAUGGGGAUGCAAAUUCUUCAAAUGUCAAGGUUGGACAGUGUGAGAAAAAGUCUUUGGGGAAAAUAUGCAGCAGAGAUCAGAGACACAACAAGAAAAAGAACACAACAAGAAAAGGAAGAAGUGUUUGGCUUGGAACAUUUGACAGUGCUGAGGAUGCUGCUUUAGCUUACGAUCAAGCUGCAUUUUCAUUGAGAGGUAAUAAUGUUGUGCUCAAUUUUUCUGUUCAAAGGGUCAAAGGAUAUUUGCAAGAGAUUCAAUAUGAUUGCAGAGAAGAGUUUUCACAAGGAGAGACACUGUGA